AAAGGGCGAGGAGAGCGUUCCGUCGUUGCGAAGAAAACCGAUAAAAUCCUCUUUUUUAUUUCUAUUGCAAUUUUUUGUUUUUAUUUUUUCUUCCAAUUCUAUCCAACAACAGAACACGUCAAAACCACUCCCCUCCAUAUAUUCAUAUAUAGAAAAUUUAAAUAUAAAUCCCAAAGACACCCUACCAAAAAACCACCUUUCCAAAACCACCCUCAAAUCCAUUAAAUCCUCCCCCCAAAAGCGGUUUUCAUCCCUCCCCUCCCUUUCCAGGCGGUUUUCCCUGUCGUACGGAUCUCCCACAGCCGUUCUGCUAUCUCGGUUGGGUUUUUCUCCAAAGGUGGUGUUUUUUGUUUUCUCCGCGAGGCGGUUCCGCAGGGUUGAUGCUAACGUGCGCCGGGCGCGAGGGGAGGCGGCGAUAGGGCUACGCGUUUAGAGCGGUGAUUGGUUGCGGGAGGUCGAUGAUGGCGGUGACGGAGGAGGCGAUGGUGAGGUGGGGGACGUGGGAGGAGCUGGUGCUUGGAGGGGCUGUGCUCAGGCACGGGACCCGAGCCUGGGAGGCCGUAGCUUCGGAGCUCCGAGCCAGGACUCUAUACGCGUACGGUUUCACCCCCAAGGAAUGCGAAGCCAAGUACGAGGAUUUGCAAGAGCGUUACUGUGGCUGCACAGCAUGGUUCGAAGAGCUUCGAAAGCAACGAGUUGCUGAAUUGAAGAGGGAGCUGGAGAGAUCAGAAGACUCUAUCGGGUCUCUGCAGUCAAAGCUGGAGAGCCUUAUUAGUCAGAGGGAGUGCAACAGUAAUAUAGAUUGCGACACUGACUCUACCGUCCCCACCCAAAAUGCGGAUGGGAUUGAAUGUCCCAGCAAACAAAGCUCCAAGGAUGGAUUAUCAGCGGGCAGUUUUACUGAAGAUGCCACGAGGGACUGGUCGAUGCCAGAAUCUCAGGUUCCCGUGGUGGGGUCCAUGGAAGAAAACGAGACGAAGUUGGAAGAACCGCAGUUGGAGGGAGAGAAAGUGGGUGAUCGGGCGACUGAGAUUCGGCGGGGGCCCGUGAGAAAGAGAAGGGGAAAGAGGAAGAGAAAAGGUUGUGAAGUGGUGAAGGAAGGGAGUGUGGAAGAGAGUGAUGUAUUGAGUUCUGCAAAUGCUGUUAAGGAUAAAGAAGGGUCUUUGGAGGGCUGCGAUAGGAUCGUCGGUCAUUCAUGUGAAGGGUCUGGAAGGGAGGAUGUGGAUUUGGCGGGAAUUUUGAAUUCGAUCAUGGAGAAUGAAGAUGUGUUGAUCUUUCGGCGUCGGAUAGAAAGUCAGAAAAGAGCGCGAUACAGGAAAAUGAUUAGGCGGCACGUGGAUCUCGCCACGAUACAGUCGAGUAUCGGUGACGGUACGAUCUCGACGACCAAAGAACUCUACCGAGAUCUCCUCCUCCUCUCCUACAACGCCCUUCUUUUCUACCCGAAUACUUCUUCUGAAUACAAAUCCGCCCUCGCCCUUCGAGAUUCCACCACCCGAAGAUUCCGCCCCCUCCCGCCCAAAGAUUCCGCCGCCAGCAGCAACGUACUCCUCGCUGCCGCUGCCGCCGAAACGGUGCGUAAUCCGGUGAAGCCUCGAAGCAUGCGGCCAUGCAACCGCAAGCUCCCUGGCAAGGCAGUCGCCGGCGAUGGGAAACCAGCUGGGAGCCUGACGACCGGCAGUGGAAAGGGAAGCGGCGGUGAGUUACCCGCAGAAUCUACGGCAAAGAAAGGCAUCGGACGACCUGCGAAGCGGGGUCAGGAAGUUGCCCGGAAGCCGACGGAGAUUGUGGUUAGAGGGAGGAAGAGAGCUCGGAGAAGAUGAACGGUGCAAGUGAUUGGAUAUGAUGCUCGAUGUGGGUCCCAUGUAUGAAUUUUUGUUUUGUAUUUUUUUUUUUUUUUUUUUUAAAUUUUUAUAUACCGAGUUUAGAGAAACGUGGACAGUCUGCGUACGUCACGAACAAUUGAAAACUGUAAAGCUUUGUAGCAUUUUAGCAAAACUAGAAACUGUUUCUUAAUCUCUUGUAGAAGAAAUAUACGGUCCGAUCAAGAUUUGAAAAUCUGUUUCGAUGAAACAAAUUUGGGUCGGAUGCUUUGAGACUAA